GAGGGGCAUCCCUGCAGACGCUCAUUUGCAUGCGAUGACGCACUGACCAAGCUCCCCCUCCGCCCAAAAAGGCCGCCGGGUCUCCCACGAUUGGCGCGGAUUUACUCGCGAGUACUGGCUGAGACCUCGUUGGAGGAAGAUGGUGACCAUCGGCGACCUGCCCCCAGACGUUCUGGAGGAGGUGCUGUCUCGGGUGCCCGGAAGGGACCUUGUCUGCAACUGCCGGCUAGUUUGCUUGCAGUGGCGAGACGUGGUGGAUCUUCCUGCCCUGUGGAAACGCAAGUGUCAAAGAGAGGGCUUCGGUCUCGCCAUGUCAGAUAGAAGCAUCCUGGACUGGAAGACCUUCUACUUUCUCUGCAGCCUGAAGAGGAACUUAAUCAAGAAUCCGUGUGGCGAAAAGGGCUUGAAGUUCUGGGAAUUCAAGUCAAAGAAAAAGAAAGUGUGGAAGAUUGAGAAAGCACCGGAAGCCGAAGUGUAUUUCCCUAACAUUCGGAAAUGCUUUGUCGCAUAUCAUUUGUGUACCUUCAAGCACCAGCUUAUCACCUUGAAGGAUGAAGGCUACUGGGGUGAGCUCAUGGAUGAGACCAAGCCGGAUAUCGUGGUGAAGGACUGGUAUUAUUUCAGCCCAAACUACCGCUACGAAUUGUGUGUGAAACUAUUAUCUGAGGAUUUCAGCCUUCUCCAGGAAUGCCGUCCUGAAGGGGUCUUCAGAAACCAGUGGAGAGACGAGGAUAAAUGGUGUGAGGUUUCGUACACUUUUCACAACUACCCAGCUGGCGUCCGUCACAUCCGCUUUAUCCACGGAACCGAAGGCUGGACCUACAUGCGGGUCACCAACAGCAGCGUCACUAUUGGGCCGGAAGCUGCGCAGAGAAGAAAAGAGCCCGAAACCCAUUUGCCAGAUCAGCUUUGAGAUCCAGGGAUGAAGUCCGGCUUUCUCUUCAGACCCUUUGACACAUUAAGACGUGUAGCGGUUCAUAGGUGUCAAACUCACGGUCCUCCAGAUGUUAUGGACUACAGUUCCCAUCAUCCCGUGCCAGCAUGGGGAUGAUGGGAACUGUAGUCCAUAACAUCUGGAGGGGCGCGGGUUUGAUCUGGGAGACCCCAGUUCAAGCCUUAGCUGCAGGCAACCUCAUUGCAUGACCAUUGGCCAAUUUUUCUCUCAGCCUAACCAGCUCACAGGGUAGUCAUUGGGAGGAUAAAUUGCAGGAGGGGAAAGCAAUGUUUAAGCCAUGUUGGGAACCUGCUGGGGAGAAAAACAGGGUAUCCAUAAACAAAGAAACCUGUUGGGGACCUUUAAGGAAUCCUCACUCCAGAAUAUUUUUAGCAUCAAGGCUGUGAAGAUCCCAAUUUUCCGGUAUGUCUGUUUUUUGUCAGUGUGUUGUUGCUUCUUUUUAAACAGUUGGCUAUUUAAAGUUUUUCUGCAUAUCUGGGGUGUCCCCACCAAGCAUGCAGAAACCUCAGCCUUGUCUGUGGUUCGGUCUGGCUGCCCUCCGGACAGGCAUUUGGCCUUUACAUUUAUUAUUAGGAGAGUUUCUCCUGGGAAGAGGACUUUAUGCAGCAGCAGAAAACACUUGUGUUUUGAAAACUCUUUUAUUACAUAGAGCCUCUGUGAGUGAAGCAUUUUGGAUGGGUUUUGAUUUUCUACUCUUCCUGAUUUAAUUUAUGUACUUAUUUUUUUAACCAUGAUUUCAUUGUUUGGAUGUUGGUCCCAACUUCCUUUAUUUGUUUGCAAGACACCACUCAGAGAUCUUUCUACCUUUAAAGUGGCUCUCUGUCUUAUUGCACUGAUUAUUCUGUAAAGAAUGUAUCAUAACUGUACAUAAAUAAACAGCAACAGAUAGUAUUUACUGUACACAGUA